CUUCUUUCUCCACUCUCCUGUUACUUUCACCUGUUCUCUCUCUCUCUCUCUCUCCUCUUUUUCCUCUUUCUCUAAACUGACCAAACCUGAGCAUCAUAAACAUCAAAACAAAAGGGACAGAAGAGUUUAUCAAAAAAAAAAAAAAAAAAAAGCGGGACAAAGGAUGUGAGUUCUGUGCAACCAAAGGAAAAAGAAAAAGCCACGAAACAAAUCAAAUUUUUUAUUUGAUAAUUUUUCAUAUAGAGCUGAGUCGGCACAAAGAUCAGAGCUUGCUGGCCAGAGAAAAUCGGUGCUUGAGGAGACCAAAAAGGAGUUAAAGAUCUCUAUUCUCUCAGGGGAAGCCAAGAAAAUACUGCUGUGUAAGGUGGGUGUGAGAUUACCAUCCUUACCCUUAUACCCAACCUCCCUAUUGAGAGGAACCCAAUCUGACCACUCCUGCCAAGAAUGAUAAAAUCCCAAGCACAGCACUCACAUCCUUUGUUCUUUUUGUUUUGAUGCCUCUGAUAGUUUGAUGCUCAGGUUUGGUCCGUUUGAAAAAGAGAGAUAAAGAAAGAGAGAAAAGAGGUGAAGUGAUGGAGAGAGAGGCGAAACAAGAGAGGAGCCCGUCCCCACUGUUUCUAUCUCAAGCAAACACGAGCCCAGUCCAAUAAAAACCAACGAGCCCAGUCCAAUAAAAACCACAACUUUGCUUCGCAUCUCACUGUCUUUGCCGCUUUUUGUUCCAAAGUUUGCCUUUUGAGUCUCUUCAAUUCAAUUUACAUGCAGCUCUGUUUCUCAGUUUUCUUUAUUUUCAAUUGGUUAAAUCCACUUUAAGCUCUGAUUCUCUUGUAUUUUCAAUGAAAGCUCAAAGCUUGGUUUCUGGGUUUUGCUCAAACCCAACAACCCCAUCAAUUCCAAACACUAAAAAAUCAUUCUUUCAGGCACCAACUCCUUUUUCAGCAUAUUUUUCACAACCCCGCAAAUGGGUAUCGUUUAAAAUCCAACAUUCAGCUCCACAAAGGGUGUGGUAUAAUAAGCAGAAUGGUGUAGAAGAAGUAAAGGAUGGUACUUCUCAUGGGAACGAUUUGGAAUAUGGGGUCAGAAGGAAAAAGCUUGCGGUUUUCGUCUCAGGUGGAGGGUCGAACUUCAGGUCCAUUCAUAAAGCUUCUCUUGGAGGAUCAGUUCAUGGAGAUAUCGUUGUUUUGGUCACAAAUAAACGAGGCUGUGGAGGUUCACUAUAUGCAAGAGACAAUGGCAUCCCAGUUGUUUUGUUCCCCAAAACAAAAGAUGAACCUGAUGGAUUAGCUCCAAAUGACCUUGUAGCUGAGCUUAGGAAAUUUGAGGUUGACUUUGUACUUCUAGCGGGGUAUCUGAAGCUUAUACCGGUAGAGUUGAUCCGAGCUUAUCCAAGAUCCAUACUAAACAUCCAUCCAUCACUCCUUCCAGCUUUUGGAGGCAAAGGCUAUUAUGGUAUGAAGGUCCAUAAGGCAGUCAUUGCUUCUGGAGCAAGAUACUCAGGUCCUACUAUUCAUUUUGUGGAUGAGCACUAUGACACAGGGCGAAUCCUUGCUCAAAGUGUUGUCCCUGUGCUUGCUAAGGACACUGCAGAGGAGCUGGCAGCAAGAGUUCUUCAGGAGGUAAUGGAGCAUCGGCUCUAUGUUGAGGUGACAACAGCAGUGUGUGAAGAGCGGAUAAUUUGGAGGGAAGAUGGUGUUCCUCUCAUCCAGAGCAAGGAAAACCCCAGUGAGUACAGGUAGCAGAACCAACAUCAGCAAUUUCUGUUUUUGGUAUGGCUCAGGUCUCCAAAAUAUCACUUUUGAGUUUUGCCCAAGUCUUCUACCCACCCAAAACUAGGCAGCACUCCUACCCGGCUAAUUAUGGGGGGAAAUGAAGGAAAAAGAAAGAGAGAACAAGAGUGUAGAAGCCAUUUUUAACUGGCAUAGUUUCUGUUCCGUUGUGUAAGGCUGAAUCGCCUUGCACUUGAUUUUUGUCAUGCAGUUAGGCUGUUUUUGUAUGAGUGUAACAGGCGGCUUUUAUUACAGGCAUCUGAGUUUAAAUUCGAAACUUAAUCAUUAAAGAUUUACUGUUUUUCCUCUUUGAA